CAGGAACAUAUUUUAAUCAAUGCCUCUUGAUAAAAGAGCUUGAUUCCAGCUACUGCACUUUCUUCAUCAGCUCUCCAAUGAUGCCUGGAGCCAUGAGAAUAUUUUUCUUUAUUUUUGCUGCUCUCAUUCUUCUUGCUCAAAUUUUCCCAGCCAGGACAGCAAUUCAUAGAGCACUGAUUUGUAAGAGACUGGAAGGUCACUGUGAAGCUGAAUGUCUUACUUUUGAAGUAAAGAUUGGGGGCUGUAGAGCUGAAUUAACACCAUUUUGCUGCAAAAACAGAAAGAAGCACUAAAAACUAAGCACCAGCUGAAAGAAUGAAAGACGUAAAGAUUCUCUGGCUACGAUAUCAGUGUGACAAAUCUCUCUGUACCUUCUCUCUCUGAUCUGCAAAGUUUGGAUUAUCCGAAGCCGUGUCAGUCCAGUUUCCAAUGCUAGAGAGACACCCUUCCUAGGCUGUGAACUUCUUCCAGGCAGGCACUAUAUCUUUUUGACCUUUGUACUCUCAGUUCCUGACACGGGUCCUAUUAACCAUUUUUUUCACUUUAUAAAAAAGUAAGCCAUUGAAUAAAUAGAUAAAACAGAUGGAGUGGAAUGGUUGGACUGGCACUCAGGUGAAUUGAGUUUUAAAGUUGUAGCUCUGUCUUUAAACAGAUGUAGGACAUUGGGUCCUCUGUGCAAAGAUUCUGGUAUCUAUAAUGUGAACAGCUUGAGCCUCACAGUAAAGGGAAUUCCUGCUAGACGCUAACUGUGGCUGCUUCAGCAUUAUCAC